AUGAGUCUGGUGGGGGGCUUUCCCCACCACCCCGUGGUGCACCAUGAGGGCUACCCGUUCGCCGCAGCCGCAGCCGCCGCUGCUGCUGCCGCCGCCAGCCGCUGCAGUCACGAGGAGAACCCCUAUUUCCACGGCUGGCUUAUUGGCCACCCGGAGAUGUCGCCCCCCGACUACAGCAUGGCCCUGUCCUACAGUCCCGAGUACGCCAGCGGUGCCGCGGGCCUGGACCACUCCCAUUAUGGGGGAGUGCCGCCCGGUGCCGGGCCUCCCGGCCUGGGGGGGCCGCGCCCGGUGAAGCGCCGGGGCACCGCCAACCGCAAGGAGCGGCGCAGGACUCAGAGCAUCAACAGCGCCUUCGCCGAGCUGCGCGAGUGCAUCCCCAACGUGCCCGCCGACACCAAACUCUCCAAAAUCAAGACACUGCGCCUGGCCACCAGCUACAUCGCCUACCUCAUGGAUCUGCUGGCCAAGGACGACCAGAACGGAGAGGCGGAGGCCUUCAAGGCGGAGAUCAAGAAGACCGACGUGAAAGAGGAGAAGAGGAAGAAAGAGUUGAAUGAAAUCUUGAAAAGUACAGUGAGCAGCAACGACAAGAAAACCAAAGGCCGGACAGGCUGGCCACAGCACGUCUGGGCCCUGGAGCUCAAGCAGUGA